AGAGCGGUGCGAAACGCUUCAGAGUGGUGUGAAACGCUUCAAAGUGGCGCAAAACGCUUCAGAGUGGCGCAAAACGCUUCAGAGUGGUGUGAAACGCUUCAGAGUGGUGUGAAACGCUUCAGAUGGCGCAAAACGCUUCAGAGUGGUGCAAAGGCACUUUACGGAACACCAUCUCACUUUGUGUGUGAAACUGUUGUGCGAUUGCGUUGCAUUGCGACGACAUUGAAAAUGGUCGCUUCAAAGUGGUUUUGCGACCUUUCGACGCUUGUCCUUUUUUCUGCUGGUGUUGUCCCAAGAAGAUGCAAAAAAAAGGGGGGGUCUGGAAAGCUCGCAACUUUUUUCCUUUCACAUUCUUUUUGAAACAUUUCUGAAUGCCAUUGCCAUGGGGACAAGCAGCACUCGAUUCUGCAACUACCCAAACUGUGAACGUUCGAUAAGACAGGAUAAUCAGAUCGGACGUUGUCGUGAACAUAGAUAUCCCAAGCAAAGAACAUGUUCACAUCCUCAUUGCAAUAAUUUAAUCAGAGGUGGCAGCUGCUCUGGGCUUUGCUCUGAACACAGGAACACCAACCACGCUCGAGACAGUCGCGUCAAUAAUUCUGUUGCACACGAAACAGAAUCUGCAGAACUCGGACCAGGCUUGAUCAGCAUCGCACCAUAUUCGACUGUACCAACUUUAUCAAGUCUGCCAUCUACAUCUACGCCAGGAAGCAGUCUGAUUCUGCGUGAUCAUGACACGGCCACCAUCUAUGCUCUUGAUCAAGUAGAGGACACAACGGAGCACAAGUCUCAAACCGUCAAGCUCAUGGACGCGGUGGAAUUGGAGCCUGUCGCCGUCAUUGACGAUGAUGGUGUGGAAGAGAAUCUGAUGGGAAAGUCCCCCGUCAUUCGCUCUCUUCAAUCGAAGCAAAAGCGCGGUCUGAAGCUGACAAUAAUACCAAGCCCAAAAAAGAUCAAGGUUGAAGAUAUUUCCCAACGCCUGGUCAUGCCAAUUGAUUUGGAUAUCAUUUUGCGAAACAAUUGGCUCUUCCGGCCACAGAUGCGUUUCUUCGCGGCCAAGGCGCUUGCAGGUGCCAUUCUUGUCGAUCCGACGUCGUGUACUGCGAUUAUGAUCAACAGCAUCGAGGUAUAUGGUCGCUCAAGUCUGGUCGACGCACACCAUGAACGCUGCAUCAACAAGAAAGGAAUUGCUUCACUUUCUACAAAUCCACCAGCCAAGGGCCGAUACAAUCAGAUAUGGGCAAUCUCAAUUAAAGAAAACGACGGUACAAAGCUGAACAUCGCAACGAAGACUUUCAAUGCCUUGGUGACUUCCAGCAUCCGCCUUGAUGCGAAACACACGCCAGAACUUGGACCAACAACAAGCAAAUUUGUCAUCAACAAGGAACAUGGGUGUCAGGUACAAAUCUUUUUGGAUAUCACCAACUAUCAUGAUGCAACGAAGAUUGCUCUCGAUGACCAUGCCAGCAAUAUCCAAGACGUCGAUAUUCUGCAACAAUUGCGGCAACCACAAACCAUAUUCACUUACUGCACCUUUGACAAUGGCGCCCCCGAUUCCGAUGGCAGGCUGGCAUCACCUAUAUUCGCACAUGUCGCCAGUGAAGUUAUCAGAAAGAAGGACGAUGCAGUGCUGGAAAAACGAACUGUUCUCGAUAUUCUCAAACAGUGCAAAUCAGACGGACGCGUCGCCAAAGUUAUUGCCGAUAUCCACGCCUUAUUCCCCCGCGGAUGCGCCUCCAUUCAUAUUCUGAAUAAUUUCGACCUUUCCAAUAUCCUCAACACUCUGGCACACAAUUUAUCCUCGUAUCUCUCGUCAGCAAACAAUACAAUUGCCGAUGAAAUUGAAAAUUUGUUUUAAAUCGAUUUGCUGAAUAAAGCCGCUCGCUGUUUCCAGGUUUACUUUCGUGAAAGAGUGGGAAUGCCAACAGUGUCAAAAGUCUGCGCAAAAGACAGGCAGGUCUGAAGUGAUGCCACUUUUGAAGCGUUUAGCAUCACGUUAAAGAGUCUUUGCACCAUUUUCAAGCGUCGUCGCAAUGCAACGCAAUCGCACAACAGUUUCACACACAAAGUGAGAGAGUGUUCCGUAAAGUGCCUUUGCACCACUCUGAAGCGUUUCGCACCACUCUGAAGCGUUUCGCACCACUCUGAAGCGUUUCGCACCACUCUGAAGCGUUU